AUGGAUCAGCAGCAGGACCUCCUUCCUGGCCAGCAGGUGGCCAUGGAGUACAUUUGCGGAAGCUGUGGACGUCGCACGCGCAUCAGGCAGAUGGACUCCCUUGCAUGCACCAACUGCGGCCACCGCAUCCUCUACAAGCCCCGCACAGCAAGGCCGGUGCAAGUCAACUGCAGAUGA